AUGGCCGACAACGAGAAGAGGCUCUCCUCUUCCGAGACUCAUGAGAUCCCUCUUGAGCCGCUCCCCCCGACUCAGCUUCCCAUCGCUGGCGAUUCGGCUUCCGAGUAUGACGAGUCCUUCUCCUACGAUCAAGAUGACAUGCGCGAUUACCACACCACCGAGCAGGACCUUCACGUCACAGAAGACGACUUGCUCGAGGCUCGCGAGCUCGCUUCAAAGUACACACUCGAAGAUGUGCGCCACAUAAUGGCUCGCGUCUACCGCAUUCACGAAAAGGAUCCCAACUUUCCGCACACCGUCAUCCAAAAGAUCAAGGCAUUUCUCGAAAACGAUGAAUUAUUCACAAACCCCGAGAAGCACGAGAAUUUGGUCCAGGAGAUGAAGCUCGAGGCCGCCCUCAUCACCAACAACAGCCCCUACGCCGAAGUUCGUGCCGUCGUCGAGAACAAGGAUGACACGUCCAUCCCGUCUUCAACAAUCCGAAGUUGGGCUAUCGGCCUCAUCUUCUCCAUGCUUCUGGCCUUCACCAACCAGCUCUUCGAUAUCCGUCAGCCUGCCAUUCGAAUCAUGGCCAACGUUGCUCAGCUGCUCUCAUACCCGAUUGGCAAAGGCUGCGAAAGGUGGCUUCCCGACUAUGGCAUUACUCUCUUUGGAGUGCGCCAUUCUCUCAACCCAGGCCCUUUUUCCAAGAAGGAGCACAUGCUUAUUACCAUCAUGGCCAACGUUGCGUACAACACCCCGUACACCAACCUGAUCAUCUGGGUUCAGUACCUCCCACAGUACUUCAACCAGCCAUAUGCUUCCCACUUUGCCUACCAGAUUCUGAUUGCGCUGAGCACCAACUUUAUUGGUUACGGAAUGGCUGGUGUCUGUCGUCGAUUCCUCGUUUACCCUUCGUACUGCGUCUGGCCCGCUUCCCUGGUCACCAUUGCGCUCAACUCGGCUUUCCACACUGAUAACAACUCCCCGGUACAGGGACCUUUUGCCAAGAUCUGGCGCGUUUCUCGUAUCAAGUUUUUCUACGUCAUGUUUGGUGCCAUGUUCGUGUGGUUCUGGUUCCCCAACUACAUCUGGACCUCGCUCUCCAACUUUAGCUGGAUGUCCUGGAUUGACCCCUACAACCGCGAUCUCAACACCAUUACUGGUUUCAACAACGGUCUUGGCAUCAACCCAUUCCCUACCUGGGAUUGGAACGUCCUUCUGUGGGACUCUGCCGAUCCUCUCAUGGUUCCAUUCUUCAGUACUUUCAACCGAUUCGUUGGUGCCUUCAUCUCCAUGUGGGUGGUUCUUGGUCUCUGGUACUCCAACAUCUACAACACUGGGUACCUUCCCAUCAACAGCAACCGUGUCUAUGAUCGCUGGGGCCAGCUGUACAAUGUCACCCGAGCUAUCAACGAUCGUGGUCUGUUUGACGCGGAAAAGUAUGAGGACUAUUCGCCCCCCUUCCUUGGUGCUGGAAACGUUGUGAUCUAUAUCUUUUUCUUUGGCAUCUACACCUCGACUCUUACUUACGCCCUUUUGUUCCAUCGUCGCGAGAUCGUCACUGGUUUCAAGGGUCUAUUCAACAGUAUGAGAAAGAAGUCGAAGCGCGCCGAGGAGGUUCACGAUCUCGACGUCCACACCCGGCUGAUGAAGGCGUACCGCGAAGUUCCCGAAUGGUGGUACCUGGUUUGCCUUCUCUGUGCUAUGGCAUUCGGUGUUUCUGGUAUCGCUGGCUGGGAUACGCACACUUCUCCUGGUGUUAUCUUCUACGGUCUUGCCCUUUGCUUGGUCUUUGUCAUUCCUGUCGGAAUCAUCAAGGCCAUGACCGGUAUCGAAGUCACUUUGACUGUUCUUGCCGAGUUCAUCGGAGGAUCCUUCGUUGAGGGUAACGCGUUGGCCAUGAACUACUUCAAGUCAUUUGGUUAUGUUACUUGUGCUCACGCUGUCAUGUUCUCCAACGAUCUCAAGCUUGCUCACUACGUCAAGAUCCCUCCGCGACACACCUUCUUUGCCCAGAUCAUUGCCACCUUUAUCAGCACCUUUGUUUGUGUUGGUGUCCUCAACUUCCAAAUGACACAGAUCGACGGUGUUUGUACUGAGGAUGCUCGAUGGAAGAUGACGUGUCCCAGUGUCAACACCUUCUUCACUGCCUCUGUCCUUUGGGGUACUGUUGGCCCUAGCAAGAUCUUUGGAAAGGACGGGCUCUACACUGAGGUCCUGAUCGGUUUCCCAUUGGGUGUGGUUGUUGUGCUUGUUGUUUGGGCAAUCAAUAAGAGGUUCCCUCACUGGACUUGGACCCGACAGAUUCACCCCGUGGCUAUCAUGUACGGAGGUAUUGUUUGGGCUCCUUACAACAUGUCAUACGUCUGGCCAUCAGUGCCUAUUGCCUACUUUUCCUGGAUUUAUCUCAAGUCGCGCUAUCUCGGCUUGUGGUCAAAAUACAACUUUGUGCUCUCAGCAGCUUGGUCUUGCGGCAUUGCCAUUGCAGGCAUCAUCAUCUUCUUCUCCCUCCAGCUCGAAGGUACCGAAUUCAAGUGGUGGGGCAACACUGUCGGUUAUAUAGGAUGUGAAGACGACGCUUGUCCCCUUCAACCUCUGGAUGGUAGCGACUACUUUGGUCCUCGAGUUGGAGAGUUUCACUAG